CUUCUUAUGACGGCAUUCACAGACCGCGUAUUGAUAACUGUGGGGCAGUUGGUGGCGGGAGAUUCACGUAUGGUCCUGCACGUGAAUGAUCAUCUUUGAGAACGUCUGUAUUUUCAGGGCUUGCCUUUCGCACGUGUAAAUUACAAUGGCGCUGCAGCAAAACGGGAUCGGAUCCAAACAAAACGGUGACACUUCCAGCCAUCGCCCAUCUACGAAUGGGAACGGAGAGAUCCAGCAUGACCGGGCCGAGGGAUUCACUUUCACCUCCGAACCCACGCUUGAGGACAUCCGCCGCAUGCAGACUGAAUUCACGGAGGAGAGGAACUGGAGCCAGUUCCACAAGCCGCGGAACCUGCUGCUCGCGCUGGUCGGGGAGGUCGGGGAGCUGGCGGAGCUCUUCCAGUGGCGCGGGGAGGUGCAGGAGGGUCUGCCGGACUGGACCGAGCCGCAGCGGGAGCACCUGGCCCAGGAACUCAGCGACGUGUUGAUCUAUCUGGUUGAACUGGCAGAAAAAUGCCACGUUGAUCUGCCUCAAGCUGUUCUCCGCAAAAUGGCCCUAAACCGACUCAAGUACCCGGCCGACAAAGUUCAUGGGUCUGCCAAGAAAUACACGGAGUACAAGGACUGAUGUCCUGAGUUUAUUUGAGGAAGCUGAUGUUGAGUGCCUUAAAAACUGUAAAACUCCUUUGUGCGCUUAACGUUGCUGGUUUUUAUUUCAUUUGAACUAAAUGUUAGCACUACCACUCUUGGUUUACGUUGAGCUUUUUAGAAUUUGUAUGUAAGAAACUUGUUUGCACAUUUCUGGCUUAGUUUUAAAGUUCUUCUCGUGUUUUUAUUUUACCAAACAAAAGCUGCCGUGGACAGUAUAAGUUGCUUUGCUGUGUAGUGUUUUUGCUUCAUCACAGUAAAGUGUUUUGCAGCUCA